UUAAAGGCAUGCACGGCUUCUCCUCUUGCACAUCUGGAUAGCGACUGCACGGACUGGACACCUCGCUCUGCAACCUGUGAGCGCUGCCUCCCAGACUGAUCCAAGACUAGUCUCUUUGGACCAAAACAACAUCUGUGAAAGCGAGAGAAAGAGAGAGAAAGAGAGAGAGAAGAGGAGGAGAGAGAGGGCGAUCGGCAGAUGGUGACACUGCAGCAGCCCUUCUCCAGUAUGGAGGAGACAGUGAGGACCAUACUCCAGAACCAGGACUCAAUGGAAGGCCCUAAAGUUGACCCACUGGACCUCAUGAAAGCUUACAAGGACAAGCUGCUGGAGGAGAUGUGGAAGCAGCAGGACAGUCUGGAGUCCGUCCCCGUCGCCACGGAGACAUCUGUCCCUGUCGCCACGGAGACAGCAGCAUCCGAGGAGACACACAGCGGAUCUGACGAGGACAGCAAGGACAGCAACCCCCUGUUAGAGAGGCUCAGGGCUCUGGAGGCAGAAAACUCAGCUCUGUCCAUUGAGAACGACAACCAAAGGAAGCAGUAUGAGCGCUGCCUAGAUGAGGUGGCGAAUCAAGUGGUCCAAGCUCUCCUUACUCAGAAGGACCUGAAGGAGGAGUGUGUGAAGCUGAGGACUCGUGUGUUUGACCUGGAGCAGCAGAAUCGUAUACUCAGCGUUCUCUUCCAGCAGCGAGUCAAGAUGGCCGCCACGCCGCACUCCCAGGAUCUGCAGAGGAACGGUAAAGCCAGUGUCCCGGUGGGCAGGUGGCCCAGUCUGCUCAGCCUCACCUGUCCCAGGAGCAGUGGCAGUGACCAGUCCCUGUCGAGCGGCUGCAGCGAGUACUCCUCAGGAUCACACACCUGGGCAGAGGGGAGGGGCUUAUCAAAACAGUGUGGUGGAGGGCGAGACAAACGUCUGAGCAGUGGAUCCUUCUCCAGCAACCAGUCUGCUCCCAUUGAACCCACAGAGCUCGGCUGGAAAGAGGGUCACAUACUGAAAGGACUGAAACGUCUUCAGAUGUGUCCCAAAGAGGCUUCCUUGCACCCCUCCAGUCCGCACUGCAAGGACUGUAUGACGUCUAACGAAGGCAUAUACUCUUUCGGGAUGAAGUGCGGACAGAAAGUUAGCGCGACCAAGCAAGUGACGCCUGCUAGCAAGACUAAUAAAGAAGUGGCUGAAGAUGUAGCAGCUAACGUGGCUAACAGUGAGGCUAGUGAGCAACCGGCGAAAGAGCCAAUUAGUCUGGAUAAACUUGGCAGUUCAAAAGCAGCCGAUACUGGUCUUUUGCUAUCACCCGUGACCGAUAAUUUCUCAUUUUUGCCCACGGUUAAGCCAGGAGUUAGCCCGACAGAUGGCUUGCUGCAAAUGGAUGAUGACAAUUCACUAGAAAGGCAGAAAUGUUUGAAGUUAAGUGAUAAGAAUAAUAACCAAGAAAAGACAACGGAUAGAAAGUCUAGGCUGGAUCAGGUUAAAAAGCAGCAAGGCGGUUUGAAGCAAGUGGAGAAAGGAAGUAUUCAAAGUAGUAUGAGCUGUUCCAGUAGCUACCACUGCCCCAUGAAUCGAUCGCUCUUGAAUAACUUUUUAAUUGAAGAGGGUCUAUCUGCUCCUUCCCAUUUGGCGUCAUCCAGUGAAAGAUUACAAAGCUUAAAACUACAACGUGAACAAGCAAGAAGAUUACAAAUCGAACAACAGUUUUCCAGCGCUUUUGGAGAGCCAGUAUCUGAAGAACCGGAAAGACAAAGUACAAUUACCACUAUAGAAGAGAAGGUUAUGAUUGGGAUCGAGGAAAAUUUGCACAAGUCGCAAGAGCAAGAAAGAACCACGGAAGUGAAGCAGAAAUCAGGGUCAAGUUUGGCAAAUUGGUUUGGGUUUAGAAAGAGCAAACUGCCAGCGCCAAGUAAAAAGACGGAAGCACCGAAAGUAAAAGAGGAGAAGAGGGAGCAGAAGAUUACGUCAUUGCUUGGAGGGAAACAGACCAAGGCCGACAAGAAGAGAGAAAGACGGAAAAGUGAAGGCAAAGAAAUCUCCGUUACGAGGAGAGAGCCCCAUGAUGCAGUGCGCUCUUGUAUCUCAAUGCCAUGUCCUGGAAUGUCCCUCAAUGACCUACAAGCACAUGCAGACAUCACUGGAGACCCAAAGAUGCCGAUGUUGAACAGGAGAUCUGACAGUGAGAACGGAUCCGCAGUGACAAGCCCCUCCCAAGACGCCAUCAUAGGCUCUGGAUGCACGAUGCGAACAUUGGACAGUGGAAUUGGGACCAUCCCCCUUCCUGAAUCCUGCUCCUUCUUCUCCUCCAUCCUGCCCUGA